AUGCCCCAAAACGCAGAACUCUCGCAAACACCCGGCCAUUGUCUUUACUAUCAUUAUCUCGGAAAAUGCAUCCGCGGGUAUCGUUGCCGCUACCAACACGAUCCCUCAUUCAAUCCAAAUCCAAAACCACCAUGCAGCAUCAAAGGAUGUGAACAAAUUGAGCAAGGUGCUCGCUACGGUCUCCUCGAGUGCAAUCAUGUUGUUUGUCUCUCGGAUAUCAUCAAUUUCAGACAUCAUCAAGCACAUCCUGAGGAUGGCGAAGAAAAGCAUAAAUUCAGAUCUUGUCCCUUCUGUACUCGUCCCACUCGUUUCGUUGUGCCGACUCGAGUCUGGCCGAAAAAUCAUCACCAAAAAGAGAAAAUCAUGAUGCUUUACUUGAAGUACUGCUCAACGAUCAGAUGCCGUUAUUAUAAGGUUGAUGAUAAAGGACAUGGUCAUGGAUGUCCAUACGGCGGGAAAGUUUGCCUCUUCAAACACGAGAAAUCUGAUGGAAGCUUUGAUCGAGAGGAUCCACCCGAAAGAAAUUCCCGCCAAUCGCCAAAUGAACAUCGUGAUCUGCCAGAAAAUGAUCAGGAUCAACCCUCGUACACCGAUGAUUUCGAGUACUUGCACCAUUUGCCGAAUCUUGACCUGCAGCUGACUCUGGAUUAUCUGAAAGCUUCGAAUCCAGCUCUUAAUCUUGAUGAGGACAUAGAAACUCUUUCCUUCUUUCCUUUGAUCAAUUUCAUUUCUAUUUUCGAUCGUAUCUCCGCCGAGCCUUAUUCUCCCGACGAAACGAUGGGUCACGGGUAUUUCAACGACAGUGCAUUCGUUCAUCAAGCAAAUGAGAAA